CCCCCCCCCCCGAAAAGACCAGUUGGACCAUUUUUAAUUUAUUAUAAAAAGCAAAUAGAAUUGAUGAAAGCUAAGGGCAUUGUCGCUAAGAUAAGCACAACAGUUAAGACGGAGAUUAGAGAAAAGUGGAUGAAUCUUGAUGAAGAUUCUAAAUUAGAGUACAAGAAGGAAGCACGUGAGAAUUCUGAAAAAUAUGCUAAUUUGUCACAUAAUAUUCCUCGCAAAUCACGUAAAGUUUCAUUAUAUACUCGAUGUGCCCCUAAUCGUGUUCAUUUGAUGGCUUUAAAUUUAAAUGAAAGACAAAGAUUUGUUAUUCGAGAAAUGGGAUUUGGUAGUAUGUUGGAUUUAAGGUCUAUACAAUUGGAUAGAGAUUUUUGCAAAUGGUUAGUUGAUCAUUUUGACCACAAUUCUUGUACAUUGGAUAUUUGUGGAAGGAGGUUACCAAUAUCCACUAAAGAUGUAGAAUUUAUUCUAGGAAUAAAAUCAAGUGGGGUAGAUGUGUCUAUUGUUGCAAGCGCUGAAGAGAUAAAUCAUAUAUGCCAACAACAUGGAUUAAAUGUGGUAGGGGGUAUACCAAUUUACCUCUUAGAGGGCAAGCUGAAGGAGAUGAAAACAUCAGGAAAAUAAUUUGUUGGUUGUUUUUUGCUGUUUCUAUUGGGUACUUUAUUAUGUCCCACUCCAAAACCUUAUAUCAAAUGGUCCUUUAUCUCAAUUCUCCUUAAUAUUGAUGAGUUCAAAAACUUGAAUUGGGCGAAGUUGGUGUUGGAUUUUCUUAUUCGAGGUGUGCGCAAAUAUAAAGAAAAGAAUCGUGUUGGCGUUAAUGGUUGCUUGCUAUUUUUAAUGGUAAGUUGUAGAAAAUA